AUGCCGUCCCGAUGCCACAGUGCUAAUGAGUUCCGAGAUCAGAUCAGACACAGGGGAAGCCGAGCUAUGGUGACUCUGGGUACUGUGUGCCAUUCUCUGAACGGUCGCUACAGCCUUCGAAAGACCAUUGUCCCAGCCAAACGCCUUCAGGAUUACCAUGUAGAAGGUGUGAGCCUGUCUAAGAGGAAUUGUACCCGUGCCAGGACCAGUGGUCCAACUGGGGACAGUUCUUCUCAGGCUCCCUUCUAUCUACCUGUCUCCACUGUUGACCACAGUGGUGGUAGGUUGAUCCUCCGCAUAAAAUUCCCUAGACCCCAGGAAGCCUACCAGGAUGAGCAUGUGGGUCACUUUCUAUCCAUCUCAGACCCUCUCCCUGGAACUGGAACAUCAUGCACCUUGGGCAAGGAGCGAUAUGGGUUGUCCAAUUCUACUGAGACACUUGAGAUCGCCAACAUCCUGCUUGGUCUUGGAGAACAUGAGAACCUGCAGAACGCAGUCCAGCAGCCUGGAUCCACCUCCCAGGGAGCUCCAUUAGUUCUGGAGAGGAGUGGGCACCAAAGACUGCACCAGGACCAUCAUGUGACCUCAAGUGCCAUCAUUUGCCAUGGUCACAGCUGUGGGAGCAAAGGUCGCAGAAAGAAGCAAGCCAACCCCCGCCACAUUGUGCCCGGUAAAGUGCAGGCCCAGGACAUCAAGGUGCAUGCCCCACAGACUGGACACCAGAACAUCUCCGGUUCAGGGCUCGACAAUGCACAGCAGGGUGCCAUCAGUGGUUAUGUAGCCAGUGAAGCCAAAGGCCGAAGGACCAAACAGGUCAACCCUCGCCAUAUCAUGCCUAGCAAAGUGCAGAAGCAGGACUUCAAGGUCUUGUAUGUCCCCCAGCCUGCGCUCUUCUGCUCCAAGUCAACCUUUGCAGGACUGCCCCACAGCCUCAACGAGAUCUUGGGACUACCCCAGACACCUUGCCAAGGGUUCAUCAGGGGAAAAGAGCUCCUGAGGGAUGAAAAGAAAUUCAGCCCUGAGGACAUUGACAUCCCCUUUGAAUGGUCAGCAUCUCCUAGGGAGGAAGAGGACAUGUUCUUCCCUCAUCUGCAUGUUUCCUCUUACAAAGCUGAGGCAGCUGAGAGGAAGAGGAGAGAAGCUGCUCUCCAAAGGAGCCUUCGGCAGAUGCAAGAGCCUCUGGAUGAGAGAUACAUUAAGAACGCUGCCGUGCUCCCUGACCUUCGCCAGUCAACACCAGUAUCGGCACCAACAACACCCAUCCUGACCUCAAAGCCCAGCUCCAGCAUCAGUCGGCCACAGCCCCAGGACGAGCCUCUGAAGAUCCAUGGUUGCAAUGUGGAAGACUUCAAGAGAAUCUACCACUCUGUGGUAGAUCCAAAGUUGACCACAAAGUCCGGCAACCCUCGUCCUUAUAGUCUUCAGACGGGCAGAGUGAUCAAACAGCGCAUGUGGGAGACCUUCCACUGCCCGUCUUUCGUGGAGACCGAAGGGGCAGAUGGCAGGGUCUGGGUGUCAGAGGCCUACUGCAGUCCCAGCCUGAAGCCUCAUGCGCCUCUCAUUGACGUGGACAUUAGCCAGGAGCCCAUGCCAGAGAAGCCAAAGAGAAAGAGGGCCAGGCAAUGAAUUCAUUAAUUAUGAGAUGUCUUUUUUUUUUUUUAGAAUGCAAGAUCAUGAUGAAAUUUUCGGCUACAGUACCAUAUCAUCACAUUGCAACAUAAUUAUGAAUUUGAUAUGAGCCCGUAUAUAUAUAUUAUAAUAUUUUAAUGAUAAAUUGAAAUGAUCAUGAAAUUGU